UGACGUAGCGGCUCGUUUUACGACGGUGUGCUUACACAAUGACAGUUUCCGUCAGUGUGACUUGCGAAGCGUAACCGCGGUGAAUAAGGCAUUUUUGCGGCUUUUCCACUUUCAGUACAAACAGCUAAUUCAUCAUCUGAAGCUCGUGGUCGAUAUCGGUGCGUGUAUCGGAGCAGCUAGACAGCGGCUGUUGAGAGGAGCACAACUUGUACUUGCCUGAGUUCAACUCUGAGGCAGCGAGUCGAGGCCCAGCGGAGCGAGCGAGCUCGAGCGGCGGCUCUGAAAAAGUUUGUUGUUGUCACGUGACGCGAGACGAAUGUGGCGAUAAAGUUUGUUUUGAUAUCAAAAACAAGGCGGCCCUGCUGAAUUGGAUCCAUCCGUAAAGCUUUGAUUUCACCACAAUGCCUCAACCCAAAUACCGAAAGAUUGCUGUGAUAGGUUACAGGUCUGUAGGAAAGUCAUCUCUCACAAUACAGUUUGUGGAAGGACAGUUUGUCGACUCCUAUGACCCCACCAUCGAAAACACCUUCAACAAAAUGGUCUUUGUCAACGGUCAGGACUUCCAUCUUCAGCUGGUUGACACAGCUGGACAAGACGAGUACUCAAUUUUUACAGAGUCCCACUCAGUGGACAUCCAUGGUUAUGUCCUAGUCUAUUCAGUGACCUCCAUGAAAAGUUUUGAAGUUGUGCAAUCUCUACAUGACAAGCUGCUAGAUAUGGUUGGAAAGAUACAGGUUCCAACUGUUCUUGUCGGGAACAAAAAAGAUCUCCACAUGGAAAGGGUCAUCAAGCCAGAGGAGGGGAAGAAACUGGCCGAUUCCUGGGGUGCUGCAUUCAUGGAGUCGUCAGCCAAGGAAAAUGAGACUGCUGUGGAGGUUUUCAAGAGAAUCAUUUUGGAGAUGGAGAAAGCUGAUGGAAAUGCACCCGCAGCGGAGAAGAAAUGCGCUGUGAUGUAAAAGCGUCUCCAGGACAUCAGUAAGCUCAUUUGCUGAAGACAGGAGGCACAACUUCACCAGCUUGCCGGUCCUGACCUCCCCAGCACCAAGGCUCUGCAGUGGCAAUCUGCGACUCCACUGUGAUACCACAUUUCUUUACGUUGGCUGCAAUUUGCCUUGCAGCUGAUAAACUAGCCCACUAAUUCUAACUAUAUGGAGAAGUGUCUGUGAUCAACAUUCACCUCAGUCUCAGACAAGAGAGCACCUUCAGUGAAGAAUUUCCUUCAGCAUUGCGAUACUGUCUAGGGCUGGGCAUAAUCUCUGUCUUGACUUCAACCAAAUGCCUGGAAAACAAAAUCAGAUUGCCAAAUAUAUUAGACCCAGUUCAUUGUAAUAAAAUAGGUCCACGAGUUGUAUAUGGUAGUAACAACUAGUCGUAUGUACGGAGUUGUAGACACAAUUGGCUUAUGUCACAGGAUUCGUUGACUAGUUGAAUUAAUGUACAGUGAGGGCUGAUUUAAAAUCUUUUUAAGGACGUGUGUAUUCCUCAGCAAAUCUUUUGACACUGAUGGAGCACCACAAGUCACAUUGCUUAAAAUGUGGUGUAGAAACAUUACUAUUAUUCACAGUGGUGUGUUUCCGGGGAUGAGAUUUCUUUCACAGAAGAAAUUUAAUUGUAAUUUCACAUUUCUUUUCACUGUAAUUUUUAAUUUUAAACAACUUAAGGUGCCUUUCACCUCUAAACUGUAAGUUGUGUCUUUUUGACAGAGAAAUCCCUUGGUAUAUUACAUCACACAUUUUUAAGAUUUUCUGCAAAGCAGAUUGGUCCUCUGUUCCUUUCUUUCUACAAUUUACUUUUUUUCUCUAAUUGAAAUAAAGCUGUUACCAGAUGGACAACCCUCCUCUUAAAGAAGUUCAGUGUAGAGUGAAACAGAUCACUGAUAAUUACAAGUUAUGGCCUUUUGAUACCAUAUAAAUAGAAUCUUAGAAAGUGGCUUAAUAAUAUUGGUUGUACCUUGAGUGAUGAGGUUUGCUUUCCCCUGAGUAUAUUAAGUAGAUUAUGUGCAUAUAAGUAUGUAAUAAUUAUCACCAUUGUUGACUUGCAGUUUUUUUUCUUUUUCUUUCUUUUUUUUUUUUUUUUUUUUUUACAUCUUAACACUGCAGAAGACUGUUAAAUAGCUAAUGAGGGAUACUGAUUUAGCUUUGACAUUUUUUAACAAAAGGUUUUGAUUGCAUGGUUGAUGCAGGCUGGAUAAAACCAAGCCAUAUUGGCAUGCAGCCCCGCUAAUUCAUAUUGUUGAAAUGAAAUGAACAUUUGGGCCCUCAGUGACCUGUUUUCUUAGCCAGCGUAGCCUUAUAAACAGUUAAUAGACUAUGAAUUUUAUUCCCAAAGUUUUCAUGUUCUACCCCCUAGUGGUUAUUUGUUAUUUAGGCUUUUUUUUUUUUUUUUAAUUAAGUGCUUCUCUGAGCAAGUAGUUAAUUCAUGGGUGAUUGAUAAUGGUCAAAGAGAAGCUGGUGAUGCUGUGUCUUGUGCCUUAUAGUUCUUCAAACCCCCUUCCUCAUCUGCUUCCCUUCAUGACUCAAGGUGCUCUUAAAGGGUUUUAUUUCCUUCUGUUGACUUGAUCCCUUGGGGAAAUGUGGUGUCGUGCACCUGGACACCAGAAUUCCUACUCUGGUCAAUGUUAAUUCAGAAAUCUUGCUGUAAACAGUUUUGUAUAUAAAUAAAUCCUUUACUCAUUUGA